AUGGAUCUGAUCAACUCUUCUGAUUACCAGCUCAAUGUCUCUACAUUAGUAAGAAACAGUUCUCACUCUCCAGCUCCGGCCUCAAAAAUGAUCAUUGUCAUUCUUUUGUUCACAUCAUCAGUAAUUGGUAUUAUAACCAAUGGUCUCUAUCUAUGGAUACUAAAAUUCAAGAUGAAAAAGACUGUGAAUACUCUUUUGUUUUUUCAUUUCAUUCUCUCACACUUUAUUUCAACAUCAAUUGUUCCAUUUAUAACUAUCUCCUUCCUUCAGGACAAUCACUGGAGCUUUGGAACUGCCAUGUGCAAAGUCUUCAACAGCAUUUUGUAUACAGGACUAUUCGCCUCUGUUUUCUUCCUCUCGGCCAUCAGUGUUGAUCGUUAUAUUCUCACUGUCCACCCAGUGUGGUCACAGCAGCACCGAACCCCGCGCUGGGCUUCCAACAUCAUCCUAGGAGUCUGGAUCUUUGCUGCUGCCCUCAGCAUGCCCUAUUCGUUUUUCAAGGAGAUGCAUGAUGACCAUAAAGGAGGGGUGACCUGCCAAAAUUACUAUGAUGUAUCUACUAACAGGGAAAGCAAAAAGUUGCAAGCAUUAAAGAAAUGGAUUCAUAUAGCCUGUUUCACCAGCAGGUUCUUGCUAAACUUCCUUCUGCCUUUCUUCAUCAUCACCUUUUGUUAUGUAAAAGUAGCCAACAAGAUGAAAAAAAGGAGCUUAUUUAAAUCCAACAAGCCCUUCAAAGUCAUGACAGCUGCCAUUAUCUCUUUCUUUGUGUGUUGGAUGCCCUACCAUGUAUACCAGGGUUUACUUCUCACUGACAACAAAUCUCUACUUUUACAGUUGACUAUGAUACUUGCAGUGAUUACCACUUCUUUUAAUAUUGUCUUUUCUCCCACACUCUACCUAUUUGUUGGGGAAAAUUUCAAAAAGGUUAUCAAAAAGUCCAUUCUUGCUCUGUUUGAGUCAACAUACAAUGAGGAUCCUUCUCCAGAAAGGACACAAAACCUAAAUUUACAAGACUACAUUUAA